AUGACCAGCUUCACCGAGCUCCUGAACCGCACCAAGCCGCUGCCGGAGCCCGAGGUGCCGGCGGAGGCGGAAGCGCCGGCCGGUCUGCAAGUAGCACAGAUGUUGUACACCCUGCUGUGGGAAACAGUGGGAACGGGCACAAAACAGGAACUGGGACCUUUCUUGGCCAACUAUGUGGAGAGACGCUUCGGGGAGACCAACAUCAAGCGACGUGUGCUGACUGCAGGCGCUGGGAGCAGCAUCUGUUCCGUGCUGAAGGGUUGCGAUGCGGUGAUGGUCGAAUCGGGCGGCAGACAACCCAGCUCUGAGGAGCUGGCUGCGGGGCAAAUGCUUCUGGAGAUUCGUCAGCUGCGGCGGAAGUAUCUCAGCUUCGCCCCGCAGGCGGCUGGCAACAGCCAUGCCGCAUCCUUCACUGCCAUUGCCUGGAAGGAGUUUGAGGGUGACUACGAACGGCUAUUACAGUUGCUUGGUAGCUCGGCUCUCUGGAAUUUCUGCAGGAGGCGCUUGGCAGCGGCCCGGGGGCUCUUCGAAGCUCACAGGGCUCUGAACGAAGACAACGAAGACGAAGAGGCGGCUGGCCGUGGCCUGACGCGGGUGGACAACUGCAUCCAGCUGGCGCGGGCGUUGCCGCCGGGAAGGCUGAUGGAUGUUUUCCACUCCAAACUGGCGGAGGGCAACGACAAGGAUGAGGACGCUGGGGCACUUCGGAAGCUGCUGGAGGGUCGCGAUGCUGGCGGCUGGCAGAGGCCGCCGGGUCCUCAGGAGCUGACCGCCGACGCGGACGAGCCGGUGCCGGCGAUGCAGUCGCUGAAGGGUUUGUUCUCCUGCACCACCAAUGUAGUCCACGGCUCAUACUUGCGAGAGACCACCUCGGCGUUGCUUCGACGCCUGGAGCGAUCCUCGCACGCCUCGGGCGGCGUGACGCUGGCGGAGCUGCGGCUGCCGCUGCACGCGGAGGGCGAUGCCUGGGUGGACCUGGCGCGCUGGGCCAGCGAUUUGGGAUCCCUGAGCAGCCGCGCGUGUUGGGUGGUGCAGUUGCCCGUCACCAGCUAUGCGGCUCUGAAGGGCCGACGAGCGAUCCUGGAUUAUGGGGAGCUGUUGGAUAAUGCCUUUGGACCUUUGGUCAAACUGGUAACAGAAGAGCCACAUGGGGAGGUCUGGCUGAAGCUCCAAGAACUGCUGCAUCACGUGGUGGCCUUUGAGCUGUCAGCGUGCUUAGCUGUUACGGAGCCUCUGAACGGAGAGGUGCCAGAGCCUUCGGAGUGGAACGAGUCUCAUAGCCCUCCCUUGGCGUACCAGUUCUACCACCUUUGGGCCAGACUCAAAGGCCUGAAUUGCGCCCGUGCCCGCUCCAAGCAGAAGGAAUUGGGGCUGCGGGCCGCUGCCUCGUCACCCGAGGCGUUGGCCUGUGCCUACCUCUUAGGCGCCUCAUCAGUCAGUGGGUGCGGCUCCUUGAGCUCUCAUCUGCCCUUGCAGUAUCUGUAUAUGCUGGACCAGGUUGGUGUGGCUGUAUCACAGUGCUCCAAGAGAUCUUUGGGCGAAGCCGGUGCACUUCAGAAGCUCUUCACGCAUGGUCUGAGGGUGGCCCUCUGCACUGAGGAUCCAGCGGUGUCGCAUUGGAGUGACGAUCCGCUGGGUCAGGAGUAUGGCCUGGCACAUUCUGCCGGCUUCUCCAAUGCAGACCUCGCGGAGUUGGCGCGCAACUCCCAAUGGAUCUCCUCCUUUGAGUCCUUUGCGCGGGAAGAGGAGAACGUGGAGGAGCAGGAGGCCAUGGGUUGGGAGCUUCAGAUGCCAGAUUUUUCGUGCAGCAGCUCCAGCUCCUUAUUUCUGCCGAAAAAAAUUAGUAGAACCCCAUUGACUGGAUGGCGAAAAACCAGAAACCGGUCACAAAGGUCCCACUGUUUCUUUUCUUCACAUCGAAGAUGGGUUCUAUUCCCAUGGGAUGAUCCUCGGGAAGGACUUUUGUAUUUUUCAAGGGGCCCAGGAAGCAUCACGACCCUGGAUUUGAUUGGAACUUCGAAAACGUGCCUGGUUUUCGCAGGAAUUUUCCUCAAAAAAUCCACCCAUGGAGGCUUCUCCACCACUCCUUGGCAACCUCUGAGGUCUUCGUGCCCGCUAUCGUCGUGCACAGCGACAGGAGGAGAUUGAGUUUCUGAGCAGUUUGAUCCCUGACAAAGAUCAGAAUCACCUUUAAAGAGCCUCAGGGUCGCUGGAAGAAUCCUUGAAUCAGACCUGCAAGCUGCAGAAUGGCAGAUUCCCUUUCAUGUACACAUAUUUCCGAUAGACAAAUUCUUUGAUACACAAAAAAGGCGACCUAAAAUCUGGUCGCCCAAAGUGCCCAAAGUGGCCCGGCUGCCGCGUGCUCUCCGUCAACAGGACGGCGUACCAGACACUGCGCCCAAAGUGGGGGAAACAACA